AUGGAUCUUGGAAGCAGAGGAAGAAUCCACUGCACCAUGAGACUCACCUGCUCUCUCCUACUCAUGGCAGUGUUCUGUGUGACACCUUUCCUCUGCCAUAGUCAAGUUGAUCCACUGGCUCUUGGGCGGGCAGACCCCCAGUGCUGGGAAUCCUCCUCAGCUGUUUUACUGGAGAUGAGGAAGCCUCGCAUUUCUGACUCUGUCAGUGGCUUUUGGGACUUCAUGAUCUUUCUGAAAUCCUCAGAGAACUUGAAACAUGGGGCUUUGUUCUGGGACCUGGCUCAGCUCUUCUGGGAUAUCUAUGUGGACUGUGUGCUCUCCAGAACCCAUGGGCUGGGGAGAAGGCAGCUGUCAGAAGCUGUCAGAAGCACAAAGAUGGCUACUCUACGUUCUCAGUUCACAGGGAGAAACCAAGGGACAUUUCCUCAUAUUCAGAGGUCACCAGUUCUGAAGAAGAAAGACUCAUUUGAAGAUUUAAUAAGUAUCCAUAUACAUAAGAGUAGAUCUAUAUUACUUGGAAGAAUCAUUGGAGAGCUAGGAAAAAAGAGGAAAUUACACAUAUAG